AUGUCUUCGUCAGAUGUCUCAACCAAGUUCGAGGACGAAGACGAACUAGCGCGACUGGGCUACAGGCAGGAGCUUAGGCGCGACUUCGGAUUUCUCGAGGUCUUCGGGCUAGCACUCAGCUGCGUAGGAAUCAUACCAUCCGUUGUCACGCUCUUGGUCUACGCAAUCCCCAAUGGCGGCCCCGUGGCAAUGGUGUGGGGGUGGAUGACGGCCUCCGUCUUCAUCAUAUUCGUUUCGAUAUCCUUUGCAGAGCUUGGAUCAGCGAUGCCGACAGCGGGCAGUGUCUACUACUGGACGCAUAGGCUGAGUUCUCCCAAAUGUCGCAAUCUUGCAUCCUGGCUCGUGGGCUACAUCGAUGCUAUUACGUAUUUCUCCGGCGUUACCGGUGUGGCCUACAGCUGUUCUGUCGAGAUCCUGGCCGCGGCAAGCAUUGGCUCAGACCUUCGCUAUGUACCCACGACAGGACACACAUACGGACUGUUCAUAGCAGUGCUGCUCACACAGUGCAUACUCCUGGGAACGAAGACCAGCUUCAUUGCGAAGUCGCAGCUUGUCGCUGUCGUUAUCAAUCUCGCCCUAUGCCUCGUCUUCUUCGUGGGAUUCCCUACCGCGACUCCGCCUGAAUUCAAGAACACGGCAUCCUAUGCCCUAGGUAGCUUCGAGAACUUGUACACCUGGCCAAACGGUUUCGCCUUCAUUCUUAGCUUCUUGGCUCCAACAUGGACCAUCAGUGGAUUCGAUGUCUCUGUGCACGUCAGCGAAGAAGCACGCAAUGCGAAAAUAGUGGUUCCUUGGGCGCUCGUCUGUUGCACCGUCCUUUCUGCCGUACUUGGCUGGGCUCUCAACGUCGUCAUCACCUUCAACAUGGGAACGGAUCUUGCCGUGAUCCUAGAUAACCCGUACGGGCAGCCCAUGGCCACGAUUCUUCUGAAUGCCUUUGGAAAACGAGGCGCACUCGCCAUCUGGUCAUUCGUCAUCAUCGCACAGUACAUCAACGGCCUUGGCGUACUCACGGUGUCUUCGCGCCAAAACUUUGCGCUCUCUCGCGACGGAGCCUUCCCAUUCUCCCGCUACAUCUACGCACUCAACAUGCGUUCGGGAUCGCCCAUAUACAGCGUGUGGGUGUCAGGCGGCAUGGCUGCGCUCGUGGGACUGCUAUCAUUCGCUGGCCCUGCGGCUUUGGGCGCUAUAUUCUCCGUCGGGGUCAUCGGGCAGUAUGUGGCCGACUCGGUCCCGAUCGUCGCACGCUUCUGGGGCGGGCAGCCCUUCACGCCGGGGCCGUUCAAUCUAGGACGCAUGAGCGGCCCCGUUGCGGUGGUGGCCGUAUCCUGGAUGUGGUUCAUGACGAUCAUCCUCCUCUUCCCUACGACAACACCGACCAACGCUCAAGAUAUGAACUACGCGAUCGUUGUCUUCGGAGGAGUCAUCGCCCUUGCGCUGGUGUACUACUACUUCCCAAAGUACGGAGGGGUGUACUGGUUCAAGGGGCCACUUUCCAACCUGGAUAAAAACGACGCAGGAUCGCUGGCGUCUGCUCGGCGAUCCGUCGGUUUAGUCGGCGAGAAAGCGACGGACGAGGAUAGAAAGGAGGGUUGA